CAGCAAACCAAAUGGACACAAAUCUCAUCUUUCAAUCUCCCUUUCCUUAUCUUUUCCCUCUACACUUAGAAAUCUGCUGUCUCCCUCUCUACCCCGCGAACAGAGGAAGAGAGCAUGUCAGCCACACUCAGCCUCCUCAAACUCCCUAUUCUUCCCCCAAAACCCAAGCAAUGUCUCUCAAAACUUCAACAUUCUUCGAUCCCAAAAAAACCCAGUAUUGCCAAGGACUCAGCUAGUCCUCAAAAGCUCAUCACAACUACUAUUCACCACCUGAAGUCAACUUCUCUCCCACUCACAGCUGCCACAUUGCCAUUUUUACUGGACACCAAGGAUGCACUUGCUGUUGGUGGGGAGUUUGGAAUAUUGGAGGGAAGGACAUUUGCUUUGAUACACCCCAUUGCGAUGGGUGGUCUGUUUGUAUUCACAUUGUGGACAGGGUACUUGGGUUGGCAAUGGAGGAGAGUCAGGACAAUCCAGAAUGAAAUUAAUGAGCUCAAGAAGCAAGUUAAGCCUACCCCAGUUACACCAGAGGGGACACCAGUUGAAGAACCACCAUCUCCUUUUGCACUCAAAAUUCAGCAGCUCAGUGAGGAAAGGAAGGAGUUGGUGAAGGGGUCUUACCGGGAUAGACACUUCAAUGCCGGUUCAAUAUUGUUGGCUUUCGGAGUUUUCGAGUCCAUUGGUGGAGGAGUGAACACAUGGUUUAGGACAGGAAAGCUAUUUCCAGGUCCCCAUUUGUUUGCAGGAGCAGCUAUCACGGUGCUAUGGGCAGCGGCGGCGGCUCUUACACCUGCAAUGCAAAAAGGUAGUGAGACAGCCAGAAACCUACAUAUUACGUUGAAUGUGAUAAAUGUUCUGCUUUUCGUGUCGCAAAUACCUACUGGAUGGGAGAUAGUUUUGAAAGUGUUUGAAUUCACUAAAUGGCCUUGAAAUAAAAGAUUUCCAAAGGGUGAGUUCAUCAGUUCAGCUACCAUCUAUAAUUUCAAACUUAUGUUCUUUCCCCCUUUUCCCCUGCUAAUUUUCAUAGCCUUGUACCACAAAAAAUCUUCAGUAGGGUGCUAAGAGUUACUUUUAAGCAUUGGAUGCUGUUGUCUAUUCCAGUUAGAAUGUUUUGUAUAAAAAUAAAAAGCAUUUCACUCUAUGCUGUACAGUGCCACAACAUACAUAAUAAGAUAUAUUUCCUUUCCCCAGGUA